AUGGGUUGGUUCUGGGCCGAUACACAGUCAAAGGCGCCUGUUGCGCCACACCCAACAACACCUGGUGCUGCCAUUCCACCCGGAUGUCCGAUGCACGAGUCGGGUUCAGCACCAGCUGCUGCACCCAAGACUGCCGAACCUCCCAGCAACUGUCCCAUGUCCAAGGCCAAAGACUCCCCUUUUUAUGCGACCCAGAAACCCGUGGAUACGCCCGCUCCGCCAGCGCCGGCCGCUCCCCAACAGUCCACCCUGUCCAAGCUGAACCCGCUGAACUACAUGUUCUCCUCGAUCUCCCAAGAGCGCGCGCCCCAGCAGACCGUUGACCUCUCCGUUGAUCGUGAGACGUCAUCGAUUCCUAGGGGUGACUCGCAGGGUAACUGGGAGUAUCCCUCCGCGCAGCAAAUGUACAACGCGAUGCUGCGCAAAGGAUAUACGGAUACCCCCCAGGAUGCGGUCGAGUCUAUGGUUGCUGUUCACAAUUUCCUGAACGAAGGUGCUUGGAACGAGAUCAUCGGAUGGGAACGUACGUUCGCGAAGGGUCUCGGAGCUGGUUGGGAGCGAUGCCGUCGCGGUGAAGAGAAUCUGAACUUCCAGCUGAUGAGGGACGAGAUGACGGGCAACAUUGAUCAGGCGACUGAGCCUCGUCUGAUCCGAUUCCAAGGCCGGCCUAAGGAGUUGACUCCCAAGGCUCGCAUUUUCCAGGGCCUUGGAUGGGUGUACCCUGCCAAGUUUGAGUCUCCUCCCCCCUUCGACCGCCACGACUGGUUCGUUCAGCGUCAAACUCCCUCGGGUCCUAAGGAGGUCCGUUACGUGAUCGAUUAUUACUCCGGCGAUCCCGAGCCCAACGGUGAGCCCGUCUUUUACCUUGACAUUCGCCCUGCUCUGGACUCCCCCACCGCUGCCGUCGAGCGCCUGAUGAGAUGGGGUGGUGAUGUCUGGUGGCGAGCCAGCGGCGGUGCUGUCCGUGAACCUGGCCAGAGUCACGGCCACCACUAA